AUGGACGAUGGGGUUGUAGCAAUGGAAGAAAGUGUUAAAAAUUCAUGAAAAUCUCUCAAAGGCAUCAAAAGUAAAAAAACAAUUUCUAAAUGAAUUUAUGAAUUCUUUGAUACUUAUAAUAAACAAAAUUAUGUAGGAAGUGCAAGGGUAUGACUACAAAAACUGAAAUUUUCAAUUGAAAACUUAGUGAACUGCCUCCAAAUCUGCAGUUUGCUGUGAGUUUCGAAUUUAGAGGUUUCCAAAUGAAAUGAAAUUAUAGGGAUUUUAAAAUUAAUCGGAUAUGUGAGGUUUGAUAACUUAUGCUCUGCUUUAAAUGUCUAUGAAACUUGUUUUUACUCAAUUUUCGCUAUUAAUAUUAUCACUAUAUUUGGAGUCUUAAUUUUGGGAUUUCUUUUGAAAUUUAAAUUUUCAAGCUCAAAACUAUACCUUAUUCGCCUUAAAGAUUGCUAUGGGUAACUCUCCCUCUUUAGCAGCAAAAUAUGGGCUGCUAGACCUUUUUGUAUACAAGUCACUGGCCUACUGGUUUUAAUAAAUCUGCUAUUUCCCAGCUUUGGAGACAGGCUGCGGCCACAAAACAAUUUUACUGGUACACAAAAAGGUCACCAAAAAGGCUAAAUUUUGAUUUAUAAAUAAUGAAUAUUAUAAUGAAUAGUCUAGAUAAUUCUAUUAAAUUUAUUCAGCUUGCAUUCUGAAGUAUAAUUUUUUAAAUUUUUAAAAAUAAAUCGCCUGCGAUUAAAAAAUUUUACUUGCUUGCAGAGUGGGUAAGUAGCAUAUCGAUUAGGGAAUGUGUGGUCUAAGACAAUUACUUAAUACGUCUAAUUCUUAUUAGGCAUUUCAGAAUUAUAAGCGAAGAUUUGCCAUUUUAGUGUUAGCUAUUUAAAAAUUUGGUUGGACAAAUAGCAUUUGUAAAUUAAAAAUGGAUAGUUAAUAACAAUCUAUUAAAUUAAAAUAGCAAUAUCAAUCCCAGUUGGGCUUUGCAAAAUUAUUUUGAAUCUUUUUUCCGAAACCUUCUUUAUACCUGCUAUAGUUUUAUUAUGCAUGUAUUUUAAAUAUAACAUUACAAAUGAUGAUACAAUUAUUGAAUACUUUGAUAAUAAUCAAAGCAGCAAUUUGAGGCUUAAUUCUUAUUUAUGAGUUGUGUCUCCUGGAAUCAUGAUUAUUAGUUUACUAAUUGUUUUUGUCGCUAGAGUAUAUUCAGCUGAUAUAAGACACAAAUACUCUUAUAUAAACGUAUAUGCAAAAUCUCAUUCAAAUCCAGAAAUUAUGAGCCUGGCCUACGAGUUUUUAAUAUCAAUAAUCUACGCUGUGAUUGGAGCAGAUCAUUAUUGAUAUUUUCGUCUGAUUGUGAUUUGAAUGUCAUUAAUUCUAUUUUAUAACUAUUUGAAGAUUUCCCCAUAUUACAAUGAUAUUUCGAAUUCAAUAGCAGCUUUAAAAUAUCUCAUUAUUGCCAUUGUAUCUGUUAUAUUUAUUAUAGGGUCACUUAUUGAUGAUGCUUAUACAAUAAUGACGCUUAGCAUUGUUCUUGUGCCUUUAUUUGCCAUUAUUCACCUAUGGAAACGGAAAAGAAUAAGAAAAAGAAACAAAAUAGCCAUUUUUAAUGUAAAUUAUUUCAAAAAUAUUUUCCAAUUGGAAAAAGUUAUUCGAGGUUCUUUAAUCAGCAAAAAAUAUCAAAAUUUUGAACAAAUGACUGAAAUUUUCGCAGAUUGCUAUGUAAAAUCUUCUUUAUGGAAAAAUAAAUUGCUUGUUAUAUGAGAAGCCAACUACUGUUUUUAUUCAUUAAAAAAUAUUUCAUUAGCCAGAAUCAAGCUAUGUAAAGCUUCCCAAUCAUUAAGCAGCUUUGAAGCAGAUUUUCAAGAAUAUAUUUGCCAAAAGCGGUGCAAUCUCCACAGAGUUUUUUCUGAUGAUGAAUUUUCAUAUCCUUUAUAUAGCGCGUGCGCCCCUAUAGAUUUUCAAGGAAAAUGCCCUUCAAAGAAAAAAAAAUAUUUGAAAAUUCCAAAAAGUCAAAUAUCAAUUUAAAAAUGUCAUAUAUAUGUCCUAUUUGUCAAUUUGAAAAUUGACUUUUCAGAUUUUUCUUUAAUUUAAAAACUUAAAUUUUUUAUAUAAAAGCACUUGUCCUCAGGGAUCUAAAAUAAGGCUUGUGCUAUAUUCAAAAAAUUUAGAAAGUGCAAAAAAUGAUGAUGAAAAAUUCUGUGACAUAUUUUUAGAAUUUAUUCGGCAAAUUUCGACUGAAGUGCCAAAACUUGAAAUACUCUAUACUUGUAUACAUGAACUUAAUAAUAAAAUUGAAGAAAUAAACCAUAAAUAUGCAGCCAUAACAAUUGAAUUUUCUAAAUGCAGUGAGCCAUUUGUGUUUUAUUCAACUUUUUUACAAUUGUUAGGCACAGAUAAUGAAAAAUCAGCAAUUCUGUUAAGAAAAUGGGAUUAUUUAGUAAAUAACCUAAAUAAAGCAGCGAAUCCAACUGAAAAAUUGAAUUAUUUUGAUGAAUAUGGAGGAGUGCUGCUUAUAUCCUGCAACAAAAAUUCUUUAGGUGUAAUAAAAUAUGCAACUCCAAAAGUUUGUGAAUUCCUCAAUGCAGAAUUGUACCAAAUUCUGGGGAAUAAUUUUUCAUACUUUAUUCCCCCUCCAUAUGACCAAAUAAUAACUCACGGACUUCAAGAAUACGUUCAGUAUCAGUCUAUGACAGAAAUCUAUUUGCCUCAGUCUAUUUGUUUAAAAAACUCAUAUGGAUGGCUAACUGAAUGCUAUGCUAGAGCUGUUAUUGUUGCUGUUAAUUGCAAUAUUUAUAUUAUGGUUGCUUUAAAAUCUGUUCAAUCUUCAUAUCAUUUUGCGUUGGUUGCAGACAAUGGACAAUUAACUGCAUAUUCUAAAAAUUUUAACGAAAUAUUUGGCAUGAAAAGUAAUUUGGAAAGUAUAAAUUUAAACAGUGUUUUUCCAAGCUAUGAGAUAAUGGAAAUAUUUUCACCUGAAAAAAUAAAUUUUAAUGACAAAAAUUGAUUUGUAAUGAAAGGCUCAGAAAUGUUUAUUGAUACAAAAAUUCACUAUAUUUUGGUUGAUAAAAGUGAAGUCUCAAUAAAAAACUGAAUAAAUGAUCGACAAAUAAAUUUAUAUGAUAACGAAACUUGCAAAAUUCCAAAUGCAUUUUUAUUAGAAAAUACAAGGUCUAUGGAAUUUUUAGGUCUAUCAAUGAGCAUUUUUGAUUAUAAAUCAAUGAAGCAAGAUAGGCUAUCCACCUUUAAUGAUACAACAAUUGUAGAGACUGAUGAAGAAAUCAAAGAAAAUAAUUAUUUUCAAAAAUAUGAAAAAUCAUUAACAUCUCCAAAUUAUUCAUCAGACAGUGCUUCAAUUAAAGCUACAAAUCAAAUAGUUGAAACCUCAAUAAAACAGAUAAAACUUCUCAGGUUCAUGAUUUUUGCCUUAUUUUUUUAAUAGUCAAAUUUUCCUGACCAGAUAUUUUAUCGAAAAUUAAAUGGAUUUUACAGAAUCUGACUCAUAAAAAAUAGCUGUAAAAAGUACAGAUCUUAUGGUGAUAGCCUAACUUUUCAAUUAUAUCAUUAUGUUAUCAGUAAUUUUUAUCUAGAUUGCAGCAGUAAUAAUCACAACAAUUGUGCUGGUUUCGUUUGUUGUCAUAGAAACCAAUAGAGCAAACGAUUUAGAUACACUGAUGCUUAUUGGAAAUUUAGAGUUAACAAUCAUUAAUAUCGCGACAUAUAGCAGAUCAGUUGAUAAUGUUUAUACUUUAGCUCAAUAUCUUACUCUUCAGACUUAUAUAUCAAAUUUGGAACAAAAUUUGAAGAGUUUGAAAGAAAUUAAAGCAGAAAUUUUAGGAAAUUUAACUAGUUGAGAUACUUGUAAUUUGAAUGAGAUUUUUACAAGUAGUGUAGUUCCUAUAUGGAAUGUAAAGGAAAAUUAUAAUUAUAAUGAAUAUAAUAGAUGAAAUAUUAUUAUUUAUUUAUGUAUAAAUAUCUUUAUGAUAUAUUUAUUUAAUUAAUAUUGGAUAGUAUAUACUCUUGAGUAUAGAAAUAUGAUUGAUAUUAUGGAUGAUUUUUUAGAAAUAGUAAUAGUUACAUAGGGAAAUGAAUUUUUAACUAAUGUAGCUAAUAAUCAAAGCUAAUUGAUUUUAAUUGAGUAUGCCAGAUAUAUUUUUCAAUAUUAGUGUUAAUACCAAUAAGCUGCUUAUCUUGAAAAGCAUAUAUCGAAGAAUUGAAUUUUCUUGUUUUAAAUGGCUUUGGGCAUCUCUAUGAGUACACUGACAAUGCAGUUUCUUAUAUUACUAUAACGUUUGCACCACUAUAGCGUGCCCUUGAGGGAUGCUUCUCCACGGCAACUUGACUGCUCUGAAGAGCCAGUCAACUCCAAUUUGACAAAAGCGCAUCGUUUUGCAAGGAUUUGCCUACUUUUCACCUUAAGGUGGCUCGUCAGAGCUCAAAGUUGCCGUAGAGAAGUAUGUCUCAAGGCACGUUAUAGCGGUGCAGACGCUAUAAUUGUACCAACGACAAUGUUGAAAAUUUAUCAGAUCAAAUCAAUGCUUUAUAUCACUUUCAAAUAGGUGUUUUAGUGGUAUGUGUCGGCUGCUUGCUCUUUUUUGCAAAAUCUCUUGAAAGCAAAAUCCACAAUUUUUGAAUUUUUAUACGAAAAUCUACAAUUGAGUCUUUUCAAGAACUAAGUGAAGGCUAUAUAAAUCGCUUAGCUCAAAUUCAUGAUAAAACUUACUACAAAGAAGAAGACAGAAUCAUUGAAAAUCCAAAAAGCCUUAAUUUUAAAUCUUAUAAAAGGUUUUGGUGAAGAAUAAUUUUAUAUUUUGCUAUAUCAGUAAUUUUCACAUUUGUUACACAAUUUAAGUUAUAUACAGACUGCAAUUGAUAUUUGGAGAAAAGGCCUCAAAUUAUCAAUGCUAUGCAUAUACAUAAAAUGGCCGGAGACGAGUGACCCGUCCUUUCGUGGCGGGUGUCCUUAUGUAUACCGGACAUGGUUUUUGGAUGCGGAGAGCUACUCAAGGGGAAGGGUUAGCCUCGAGGCGAGAGGCCCAGCCCAAUUUCCGCUGAUUUUGGGACUCGACCUGGGCAGCAGUUUUUCGCAUUCUUUUUGCCAGUAGCGCCGAGGCCUAGACUCGGUGUCCGAAAGAGGCAGGGUGAGUUACCUGCCUAGGCUACUUGGUGGGCUUAGCCCCGAAUCCCGUAAGGGGUUGAGUUCUUUCUUGGAGAUGAUCCGGGAAAGAGGGGAGGCGAAGCUAGACUUGGGGAUCUCAAGGGCACAAGUCUCUCCAGUUAAAAGGGUCCUCUCACGAGGGCGAUCUGGCCAACCGGAUGCAAAGACUUCGUAAUUCGGGGCGGAAGGCUGAGUUGGAAAUGGUGGUGCCCAGCGACAGUCGGCUGACGACUCACUAGGGCAAUCCACUACCGAGAAACCAGGGGUUUCGGCCUAGGCUCAGAGAGCCAGUGAUGGAAGUCCAACCUUUUCGCUUGUGCCAGCACGGCUCCUCAAGGAGGGGAGGAAUGCCACGCAUGGAAGUAGGGACUAUAAAUACACACAUCUUAAACCUAACCUAACCUAACCUUAUCAAUGCUAUGCAAAAUGAACAAAUGGCUGUUUUAAAAUUAUAUUUUUGGUCAAAAGAAGUUAUAAUCGAAUAUUACGACCCUCUAUACAAAAAAUUUGGGAUAUAUGACUUAAAAAUGCCAAAAUAUGAGUUAAAAGAUUCUUUAAUUAAAAUCUUGUAUGAAAGCAAGCGGAUAAGGCAAAGAGACUACGUAGAAAUGUAUGGAUCGCAGUCUGUUCAAUUAUUAUUCGAAAGCACAACUUCACAAAGUGGGUAUACUUAUUUACCAAGAAUAGCCCAUAAGGAGCAUUUUUUGAUUAGCCGGACUAUAGCUGACUUGCUAAAUUUUUUGACAUGCCAUAUUUUAUGGCUAACCAAAUUAAGAAUGACGAACCAAAAAUGCUACUUAGUGGGCUAUUCUUGGCAAGCAGGUAUAUUUUCAAAUUGGGAUUUUUUCUUCUGUUUAUAUUUUACUUUUUGAAGGACUUUAUAUUGGCUAUUCAUUUGACCCAGAUACAGUUGCAAUUAUGGUCCAAAUGCAUUCAAAUGUAAGAAAAUUCGAAUGAUGAUAUAAGCAGCUCCUUAGCUUUUCUGACACAGAAACUAAAAGGUUAGUUGACGAACAAUUAAAUCUUAUUAUAUGAGUUGGGAUUGUAUACUCCCUUUCAUUGAUAAUUCUAUAUUCUUUGGCUUUUGCACCAUUUUUAUGAAAAGAAAAACAAAAAAUCCACCAAAUGUUUUCAAUUUCGAAAAUAAUUCCCAAAAAGCCGAAAAAUGCUUUAACUGAAUAA